AGGGCCGAGUGAGUGGUGUGGUGUGGUGGGGGAAGACCGCAGACGAUAAUUCAUGCACACAGAAGCUCAUGAUUUUCAAUUUAUUGCAAACGUUUAAAAUUUUAAAUAAAAAAUGACCCUGUAUCAUUUUGGAAACUGUGUUGCACUUGUUUAUGUGCCAUACUAUUUAACUUAUAAGUUCUCUGGAUUGGGAGAAUAUGGUGCAUUCUGGAAAUGUUUUCAAGCAGGAUGCAUUUAUGUAUUCACUCAAUUGGCCAAAAUGUUAAUCCUAGCUACAUUUUUCCCCACGAGCGAUGCACCGGGAAUAGUGGGUCUCGAUUAUGUUACCGAAUUUCUUAAAGCAACUGUCGAUCUCUUGGACCUAGCAGGAAUGUAUCUAGUUCUUUCUGGUAUUCCUGGGAAGGGUCAUGCUAAAAUUGUCACUGCAGGUGUAGGGUGGGGCGGAGCCGAGUUGCUUCUUACCAGAGGUCUUUUGCUAUGGGUUGGUGCAAGAGGUGCUGAAUUUCAUUGGAAGUACACUCAAAAAUGUCUAGAAUCCAACAUCAAUUUGGUGCAGCAUGUAACUACAGCAGCUCUGGUCUGGAUGUGGACCAGACAUGACUUAAAGAAAUCCCUUGUCCCCAUAGUUACAAUGCUUCUUUUGGCUAUGACCUACAAGCCCCUAGUUAUGGAAAAUGUUCUAGAAGUGAUGGCUUUCAGUGCCUGGUCUGCCUUAGCUAUGAAAGCACUUGCCACAGUACUUUUUGGAGUUAUUACUCUACAAAUGUAUGUUGUCCUAGCAGAAUCUAUUGGUAUGUUUUAGCCAUACUCUCUGUAUCUGUAAUUGUUUUCAUCUUGAGAGUUAGCUAUAAACUAUUUGCUUACUACAAAUCAAUGAUUCACCAGGCACUGCCCUGGGUUAUUAUUGAUAGCCAAAGAAAGAAAGGAAGGAUUUUAUAAUACACCUAUUUAUAUUGUACAUUUAUAAUCUAUUCAUGCAUUGUAAGCUCUCAAUUGAUGACACAAGUCAAAGUCAUAUAAAUUUUGUUCUAAUUGUGUUCCAAAAUUAUGAAAUAUCAAUCUUUUUUCAAAAUACAUUACAAAAUUUCCCAUCAA